ACUGCUCCAUGCAUCCACUUAGAGUCUGGUUAAAAAGAGGGAAAGGUGAAAAAAAUGUCCGAGCUGAGUAAGGACCUACAGAGAGGCUCCUUAGACCUUCAGAAAGUGUGAAGAAAGAGGAGCCCAGCACAAGGAGGGAGAACUGUCCCCCAGGUUAACACAGAGGGGCUGACCCCUUUCAGCAGGUCCCUGCAGGGUCUGGGAUGCCUCAAGGCUGUGGAGGGAAGAAGAUGAUGGAAAGACACCCAAAAACUUUGAACAGUAAGUUUUCCAUCCAUUCUCCUCAGCCUGAUUCUGACUCCUGCCCUGCCCUGAAACGGGCUAAGCCAGCCCUGUCCACAAGGAAAGGUUCAAGUACAUCCCACCUCACUGCCCAGUUAUAAACAGGGAUUUUUGGUGGAAAACUUGGGUUCCUCUCCAUAGUACCAACAUGGAAUGUGAUACAAUUUGUGGCAGUAUUUGCCAACUUGCCACUUUCAAGCCACAGAGGGCUGGUGGCAGCAGCAGUCACUGUGCUUCUGUUUAAUUCUUCCCAGGAUUCACAAGCCAUCCAGGCAUCUCCAGCACAUUUGUAUUGGCUCUGGGCUGAGUGACCUUGCAUGGAACACCAGGCUUUGCCUUUCCUAUGGCUAUGAAUCCCCUCUCUGAAGGCCCAGGAGCUCUUGAGUUUACAUCUGCAGAGUGGAGGAUUUCACUUCCUUCAUGACUUUCACUGUGUGGGUGAACACAGAAGCUGACACAAUUUAUUUAGUCUUUCCAGGUAUUGUCUGUCUGUAAUCCUAAUGAUCCCAUGUGACAUGGAAAUCCCCACGGGCAAUGAAGCAGUAGCUUUUCCUUGAAUUAGGUUCAAAUUCUUUGGAAAAGGGGAGACUGGGGAGGAGUAGAGAGGAUAAAUUGCAGCAGCUCCUUGCCUGAGCACAGACUUGAGCUCUCCCAGAGAGGCAGAGCAGCAUCCUGCAAGGAAGAGCCCUCCCACAGCCACCAUGCUCACUGCAAGGAAAGCCCUGCUGCUCCUUGGGCUCCUCACCCUCUUGCCAUGCUCCAGUGCAGCCCCUUACUCUCCGGCCGAGUGCUGCUUCGACUACGUGAAGGGCGUUCUCCGGCUGGACAACCUCGUGGGUUUCUACUCAACUUCCAGGGAAUGUUUUUUCCCAGCAAUUGUGUUUGACACCAAGAAACAAGCCAAGGUCUGUGCAAACCCAGAGGAGAAUUGGGUGAAGAGAGCAGUUAGAGUGCUUCUAAAAAAGAAAGGACUUCAUAAGACAGCGUGGAGAGAGCCACAGGCACAGGCAGCGGGCAGGGUGACACAGGGCACGAGGAAGAGCCACCACUCAGCCACCAUGCUCCCUGCAAGGACUGUCCUGCUGCUCACCCUGCUCCUCACCUUCUCUCUGCACCACGCCACAGCCCACUUUGCACCCGUGGAAUGCUGCUUUAAGUAUGCACAGAAACGCAUCCGGCACCCUCAAAGCUUCUACGAGACAUCCAAAGACUGCCCCAAUCCUGCAGUUGUGAUUGUGGCUGCCAAUGGUGAUCAGAUCUGUGCCGACCCCGAGAAGGACUGGGUGAAUAAAACCAUAAAACGGCUUCAAAAGCAAAAAUUAAACCCAUCCACCAUCUGACUUGCCCAUCCAGUCUUCCCGUCUCUCGAGGGAGCCAGCAGUGCCGGCAGCUCUUCUCCAGCGGGUGCUGUGGCCUCGGGCACCGUCACUGCAGGCGGAGCCAUCCCGAACCCCGGCAGGAUCAGGUGUCAGUGCCAUGGACCUGCCAGCUCCCGAGCUGCUCCUGCUGUCACUGCCCUGCCAAGAUGUGCCUGUGGAGCAAAUAUUUAUAAUAAAGACUCAUUGCCACAAGUUGCUGUUUGAACUUCUCCUGAUUCUCCAGACCAAGCAGCAGAUCCUAACAAACCCAGGGCUUGCUGCAAGCAAAAGCCUCUGCCACAAGCUUGUUCUUCUCCAGAAGCAAACUGUGCCUGGUCACUGUGCUUCACUGGGAAUGUGACAGUGGAGCCAGGCCUUGACCCACGGGUCCAGGACCCACAGGUGAGGUUACCCUCACCCCAGGCAAAGCUGUACAUCCUCAGGGCAUGCUUGCAGCCCCAUGGGCUUUGCAGGUGCUCCAGAAUUAAGGGGAGGGUUCUGGGAAAAGAUACUGAUCUACCAAACCCUUAAUACCUUGACAGCUUCCAAGUGUGCUGGUGGUCACUGCCAAGUGUCUGAGGGAGAUAAAGAACAAUGUCCACAGUGCCAGGAGGGUGAGGACACAACCCCUUCAGCUGGACAGAGGUGUCCUGGCUGCCCAUCCCUCUGCAGGGCCAGGGAAGGGUGGGAGCAACGUGGGAUCCCAGAUAUUAAAACCAGGCUGCUGGCCCAUCUUCUCAUGGCAGAGGUGCAAACGUACAAGAGAAAACCUCAGAAAGGCAAAAGCAAGGAAUGGGGCAAAUGAUCCUCAGCCUAAAGCUUCACCAGUGUUUUAUGCUCAUGGCUAGAAAACACUUCAGGGCUGUAUUUUCUAGGGUAGUGAAUGGCACAGGAAAAACAUCCCUAAUGACAUUUUUGCCCAUGAACUGUAAGCACAUGGGAGGAAGCAAUGGUGGAAAGGGAAGCUGAAACAGAAUCAGAUACUGGGGGAAAAACACCUCGAGGACUGUGCAUCCCCUGUCA